UGGGGUGUUGCGUGAGGCGGAGUGAUGCAGGGCGCGCUGGUGCCUGUGAAGGACUUUUGGCACAGAAAUUUCGUAUCGUCAGCAUUGAGAGUUCGAGAGCAGCUGCUGGACAUGACGGAGCAGAAAUGCCACGUGUACCUCGGUGGGAUCCAGACCAUGCACUACAGAACAUUCGAAGACAAGAUAGGACUUCCAGGAAUGCUGGGCACUGUAGUAGGGGAUGUGAAACCCUUCUGUGGGAGCCGGAAGAUAGGACUUCCAGGAAUGCUGGGCACUGUAGUAGGGGAUAUGAAACCCUUCUGUGGGAGGCAGGAGGGAUGUGUGACAGUGUUUGGAAGGCAGGAGGGAUGUGUGACAGCAUCUGGAAUGUGCAGGCUGGGUGUUGAAAGCUAUGGGUUAGAGAGUUUGACCUCCACUGAAGUGUAAGGGUGUUGGAACUUGUUAGGGAAAGGAUGAGAAGAGAAUAAGAGAAUAAGAGCAGGCAAGGAUGGAGUGAUGGAGUCUGUGACGGAAGGGAUAAGAGGUGAAUGAGAGAAUUUGAACAAGUAAGGAUGGAAACAAAUGAAGGAUGGAGUGAUGGAGUGUGUGAGGGAGAGGAUAGGAAGGGAAUAAGAAGACUUAAACAUGCAAGGAUGGAAAUAAAUGAAGGAUGGAGUAUGUGAAGGAGACAAGAUGAGAGAAAGAAAAUUAGAACAUUCAAGGUGGAAACAGAUAGAGGAUGGAGUGAUGGAGUGUGUGAGGAAGAGGAAGAGGACAAGGGAAGAAUCAGAGGGUUGGAGCAUGGAUGGAGGAAAUACAAGGACAGGAAUAAACAGAUGGAUAAAUAAAUAGAGAAAGUAAAGGAGGCUUGGAAAAUAUAAAACUGUUGAGGAAAUGUAGGAGAGCUGGAAAGUACUUAAUAGAAUAAUGACAUUACAAAAAGUAAUUAGUGACGUGACAGAUCUGGUGAUAUAAAAGAAGUUGAAAAUGAAUGAAAAUAUUGAUGAUGCUAUUGUUAAUGAUGUGUUGAUUGUAAUGCAGCACAAUCUGCCACCAGGAAAGCCUUCAGGUUGUUGAGAAAUGAGCCAAGAAUCUUCAGGGAGACCGCAUCAAACAGUAUGCUCAACGCUAACAUCUAUAGAUAUGUGCUCUAGGUAGGUCUAUCUACUUCUGUCUCUGCACCGACACACGUCCUCCCUGCACGAGUGUCCUCAGCAAAGUGUCCCUGUCGUCCUCAGCUAGUGCCUGGCUUCCUGCCCUGUCCAUCGUCAUCCAUUAGCGACGGCGUUAAGGGCGGCUUCAUCUUAGUCUCAUGUCAUAGCAAGCAUCCUUCAUCUCCUUACAUCAACAUUAUCUCAACACCGACCGUACAAGAAACUCGCUGACUUAGGCCUCGUCCUGAUCCUCGCCCUCACCGCCAGGUCCUUUCCUUCCUCAAUGACAAACUCGCUUGCACAACAACAACUUCUUUCACCCGCCUGAUGGUAACAAUGUGUAUGAAUGUGUAUGCAUGUAAUUAACGUUAAUUUAUAUCUUUUUGUGUGUGAUUGUGUAUAUCUUUGAAAACGAUCAUUUACAUCAAAGCGUGAUUGCUCUCUGUGUGACAAUGACUCAACUCAAGCAAGUCUGCACGAG